AAAGACUCAAAAGACUCAAAAGACUCAAAAGACUCAAAAGACUCAAAAGACUCAAAAGACUCAAAAGACUCAAAAGACUCAAAAGACUCAAAAGACUCAGACUCAAAAGACUCAAAAGACUCAAAAGACUCAAAAGACUCAAAAGACUCAAAAGACUCAAAAGACUCAAAAGACUCAAAGGACUCAAAAGACUCAAAAGACUCAAAAGACUCAAAAGACUCAAAAGACUCAAAAGACUCAAAAGACUCAAAAGACUCAAAAGACUCAAAAGACUCAAAAGACUCAAAAGACUCAAAAGACUCAAAAGACUCAAAAGACUCAAAAGACUCAAAAGACUCAAAAGACUCAAAAGACUCAAAAGACUCAAAAGACUCAAACGACUCAAAAGACUCAAAAAACUCAAAAAACUCAAAAGACUCAAAAGACUCAAAAGACUCAAAAGACUCAAAAGACUCAAAAGACUCAAAAGACUCAAAAGACUCAAAAGACUCAAAAGACUCAAAAGACUCAAAAGACUCAAAAGACUCAAAAGACUCAAAAGACUCAAAAGACUCAAAAGACUCAAAAGACUCAAAAGACUCAAAAGACUCAAAAGACUCAAAAGACUCAAAAGACUCAAAAGACUCAAAAGACCAAAACUCAAAAGACUCAAAAGACUCAAAAGACUCAAAAGACUCAAAAGACUCAAAAGACUCAAAAGACUCAAAAGACUCAAAAGACUCAAAAGACUCAAAAGACUCAAAAGACUCAAAAGACUCAAAAGACUCAAAAGACUCAAAAGACUCAAAAGACUCAAAAGACUCAAAAGACUCAAAAGACUCAAAAGACUCAAAAGACUCAAAAGACUCAAAAGACUCAAAAGACUCAAAAGACUCAAAAGACUCAAAAGACUCAAAAGACUCAAAAGACUCAAAAGACUCAAAAGACUCAAAAGACUCAAAAGACUCAAAAGGCUCAAAAGACUCAAAAGACUUAAAAGACUCAAAAGACUCAAAAGACUCAAAAGACUCAAAAGACUCAAAAGACUCAAAAGACUCAAAAGACUCAAAAGACUCAAAAGACUCAAAAGACUCAAAAGACUCAAAAGACUCAAAAGACUCAAAAGACUCAAAAGACUCAAAAGACUCAAAAGACUCAAAAGACUCAAAAGACUCAAAAGACUCAAAAGACUCAAAAGGCUCAAAAGACUCAAAAGACUUAAAAGACUCAAAAGACUCAAAAGACUCAAAAGACUCAAAAGACUCAAAAGACUCAAAAGACUCAAAAGACUCAAAAGACUCAAAAGACUUAAAAGACUCAAAAGACUCAAAAGACUCAAAAGACUCAAAAGACUCAAAAGACUCAAAAGACUCAAAAGACUCAAAAGACUCAAAAGACUCAAAAGACUCAAAAGACUCAAAAGACUCAAAAGACUCAAAAGACUCAAAAGACUCAAAAGACUCAAAAGACUCAAACGACUCAAAAGACUCAAAAAACUCAAAAAACUCAAAAGACUCAAAAGACUCAAAAGACUCAAAAGACUCAAAAGACUCAAAAGACUCAAAAGACUCAAAAGACUCAAAAGACUCAAAAGACUCAAAAGACUCAAAAGACUCAAAAGACUCAAAAGACUCAAAAGACUCAAAAGACUCAAAAGACUCAAAAGACUCAAAAGACUCAAAAGACUCAAAAGACUCAAAAGACCAAAACUCAAAAGACUCAAAAGACUCAAAAGACUCAAAAGACUCAAAAGACUCAAAAGACUCAAAAGACUCAAAAGACUCAAAAGACUCAAAAGACUCAAAAGACUCAAAAGACUCAAAAGACUCAAAAGACUCAAAAGACUCAAAAGACUCAAAAGACUCAAAAGACUCAAAAGACUCAAAAGACUCAAAAGACUCAAAAGACUCAAAAGACUCAAAAGACUCAAAAGACUCAAAAGACUCAAAAGACUCAAAAGACUCAAAAGACCAAAACUCAAAAGACUCAAAAGACUCAAAAGACUCAAAAGACUCAAAAGACUCAAAAGACUCAAAAGACUCAAAAGACUCAAAAGACUCAAAAGACUCAAAAGACUCAAAAGACUCAAAAGACUCAAAAGACUCAAAAGACUCAAAAGACUCAAAAGACUCAAAAGACUCAAAAGACUCAAAA